UUGACUUAUUUAUUUAAUAUGUUGAAGCUUCAUAGCAAGUGUGUUGAACAUAUGAAAGGACUAAAGUUCUCUUCUUCAUCUACAAGCAGAUUAUUUUUUCUUGUCUUUCAGAUGGCUAAGGUCUAUCCUAACACACCCUGUACUCCAUCUUCUUCACACAGAGAUACAUAUACUAUAUAUAUGAAAUCGCUUGUGCUACGUGGAAAUGGAUGCACAGUCUUCAAUUCAAACGGCGAGAUCGUUUAUCGAAUCGAUAAUUAUGACAGCAAGUGUUGCAGUGAAGUUUUUCUCAUGGAUCUCAAAGGCAGAGUCCUCUGCACCAUACUGCGAAAGAAAUUGCUUGCUUUCGGGUAUUGGGAUGGAUAUAAGAGCAAUGGCCAUGAAGUCAAGAACGAGAAGCCAUGGUUUCGAGUUCGAAAAAAUUACAAGUUUUUAAACAGAGAAUCAGCAUGUCAAGUGACAAUGGGGUGUGAUGAAGCUCAAGCAAGUUGUUUUAGGAUACAAGGAAAUGCCAGAAAGUCGGAAUUCAAGAUAAUAGAUAAUGAAGGAAGAGUUGUGGCAGAGGUAAAGCAAAAGCAAUCAUCUUCAGGAAUUGUGUUGGGAGAGGAUGUGCUAAGUUUGGUGGUGGAGCCUCUUGUAGAUCCUUCCCUUCUCAUGGCUCUUGUAGCUGUCUAUUGUUUGAUUGGUCGCAAAAUGUAGGGUUUUGCCGAUUCAGUUUUCUGAGAAGAGUUUUUUUUCUCACAAGAACUAGAGAAAUCGAGAACAGUUGAAACCUCGUUUUUGGAGAUCUUGAGAACUGUUCCAAAGCAACGAUGGGAAGAAGCCCAUAGUUUUUGGGUUUAAAAGGAAGACCGUCACAUGAGGAUCAUUUUUAUUCAAACACACACAAAACACGCACAUAUAUAUAAUGGAUUCCUAUGGUUUUCUUGUGCAUUCAGAUGAAAGGGAGAAUUUUUGUAGAUAAAAUUGACUGACUGCGACAGGAAAGAUUUUCCAUUUACACGUGUUUGUA